AUGGCUUCUCUGCUCAGCGUCCUGCCCACUCUCUUGCAAAUCCGCCGCGGCAGGAGUAUCACUUACCUCCCGGCCGAAUGGUGCCAUAUUGAGUACGCAACAGAACCGUGCCUAGCAACGGUUGAGGUCGUACUGUGCGCGUGUUUGAGCUGUGGAGUGCAACAAGGCGACUCGGAGCAGGUAGUCCACAUUCCUCUCUCGGCCGUUGCCCAAGCCACUGUUUCAGGUGGGCUGGAGGCUGCUAUCGCGAUGUUGAAACACGGAGCAAUUGUCGCUAUGGGAGAUCGAGUGCAGACCAAGCGGCCCCUGGACGACUACCACAAUCCCGAUCGACGCCCUCGAAACGUUCUCUGGCCCUUGAGGCCGAUGAACCCCGUUGUGUCAUUUGCACGCUCAUCCGCGAUCUGGAGAUCCCGAGUCCCCAUCCACGGACUACGCGACUUCCGGGUGCUAGGCCGAGAUAGCUCAGAGGGACACAAGCAGCGCAGUCCCCAGCUCGCCAUCAAGCGGGCCACGCGAACGCGUCCAGAGACGGGCAAGAGCAUGUAUACGACCUGGUACCUGGUAGCUCUGGGCCUAGUAGCUGCGUAG